CAACAAAAAAAUCAUUAAAAAUGGCUGCUAUACUGAGAGUAAAGAGAUGUUUAGACGAAAAUCCAUUAGACACGUUGAUUUUAGAAUGUAAAAAAAGAAAAAUUGAAACAACAAACAAACAAGUAAUAACAACAACAAAAGACGACGAAGUCGAAACAACCGUACUAAAAUUUGCUGGUACCAUCAACAAAGGCGAUAACGUAUUUACACAUAUAAAAGAAAAAUUAUUACCGGAUUCCGAUGAAUUAAAAGCUAAUUUUAAAAAACAUUCAGUAAAUUUAAAAGACAAAUUGAGAAUAGAACAUCAAGAAGCUUCAAAGAAUAGUCGUUACAAGAUAGUCAAUUACCAUAGGGCUUCCCAAGUAGGUGCAACCGAAAAAGUAAAUGAAGAAGUAACAAUACUUGAUGUAGAGACUGAUUUGAACGAAAACAGCGCCAAAAUUGCCAACAAAAACAAUGACAAGGGAAACGAAUAUGUGUACGACUUAUAUUACACAGAUUCCAAUAGUUUCGGUGAAACAGACAUAGAAGAAUACGUCAGUAUUUAUCCUUUAAACGACCCGCUCCUAGUGAGAUCUAUCAAGGACGAUUUGGAAGGAUCAAACAGUGAUGAGGAUAGCGAAGAUUCCAAUGCCGAAAACUAUUGGAGGAAUGAUUACCCGGACGAAGACGACAUGGAAUCUGUAAAUGAAGACGAUAUGGUCGAAGCUAUGAACAAGGUAGAUCUCGACGAUUUAUUAUCCAGUGAUUACGAAGAAGACUUGUACAGUGCAGGAAGUGAUUCGGAAUAUGAAGACGCUUUGGGCUACGAUGACGUAAACACUUUAAGUAAAAGAUUUGCGGCGUUUAAAGCUAAACACAGAAUUCUCCUCGAUCCCGAUAGUAUUGAUAAUUUUUAUUUGGAUAAAGAUGAAUGUAAUUAUUAAAAAUCGUUUAUUAUUGUUUUUUUUAUAUUGAUGUUUUGUCUCUUUUCAAAAAAUGUUUCAUUCAAGUGAAAUAAAGUUUACUCU